AUGGCGGAGGCGGGAAAAGAGUCGGAGGGCCUCGCGUUCCCAGGAGGAGGCUCGGCCCAGUGGCCUCUGCAGCGGUACGGGCGCUUCAUGCCCUCAGGCACCGGAGAGCCGCCUGGUCCCGGUCAGGACACCGGGACAGCGUCUUCCCUCACAUGGAAGGUUUUUGACUCCAGUGAAGAAUCUGGGUAUCUUGUUCUCACCAUCGUUAUAUCAGGUCAUUUCUUCAUUUCCCAGGGACCCACACUGCUGGAAGGGUUUUCACUCAUUGGUAGCAAGAAGUGGUUGAAGAUUGUGAGACGCAUGGAUUGUCUCUUGUUUGGAACAACGAUAAAGAACAAGAGCCGCAUGUUCCGGGUGCAGUUUAGCGGGGGGUCCAGGGAGGAGGCGCUGGAGCGCUGCCGCAGCUGCGUGCAGAAGCUGGCCCAGUACGUGACCGUCCAGGAGCCUGACGGGGUCAGCCCAGAGCUCGGGCCGAGGCCCUGCCUGCUGGGGGCAAGCGACAGCCAAGGGGACGACUGUGCACGGCGCACCCCACCACAGCACCGGUCACACCAGAACCCAGGGCGGCAGCAGCAGCAGCACGGACCGGCCGGCACCGGGGCUUCGGGAGGAAGGGCCUCACUGAGGUGGCUGGCUCAGUCUCUCCUGGUGUCGGAGGAGCUGUCCCCAGCCCAUGAACAAGCUGCGUGGGACACAGAAGAGUUAGGCCCCUUUCUACGCUUGUGCCUCAUGGACCAGCAUUUCCCCGCAUUUGUGGAAGAGGUGGAAAAGGAACUUAAAAAGCUGACAGGGUUGAGAAAUUAACACUCCGCAUACAUAUAGAACCAAGGAACUUGAAAGUGCUGAAAAGGUGCUUCCUCCUAAGAUUAGAUACAAGAAUAAAGAGUAUUAUUCCAAACA